GGGAGGUUCACCGUUGGUAGGAAGCGUUAGAGGCGAAGCGUAGCCGCGUGUUGAACCUGGGUGGUCUGGGACCUACCGGGACCCUCCUUUCCCCACCAUGAGCAACAUCUACAUCCAGGAGCCCCCCACCAACGGCAAGGUUUUGCUUAGAACAACAGCAGGAGAUAUAGAUAUAGAAUUAUGGUCAAAAGAAGCACCAAAAGCAUGUCGAAAUUUCAUCCAGCUUUGUAUGGAAGAGUAUUACAACAACACAAUAUUUCACAGAGUAGUGCCUGGCUUUAUAGUGCAGGGAGGUGAUCCCACUGGUACUGGAUCAGGUGGAGAUUCAAUCUAUGGAGCUCCUUUCAAAGAUGAGUUCCACUCACGACUGCGAUUUAAUCGAAGAGGACUUGUUGCUAUGGCAAAUGCUGGGCCCCAUGAUAACGGGAGUCAAUUUUUCUUUACGUUGGGUCGUGCAGAUGAACUUAAUAACAAGCACACAAUCUUUGGAAAGGUUACGGGAGAUACAAUAUAUAACAUGCUGCGGUUGGCUGAAGUAGAAGUUGACAAGGAAGAGAGACCUCUCAGUCCACACAAAAUAAGAAGUAGUGAGGUUUUGUUUAAUCCUUUUGAUGACAUUGUUCCAAGACCAAAUAGAAAGCUGAAGAAGGACAAACCAGAAGAAGAAAUUAAAAAGUCCAAAGUAAAAGGCACAAAAAAUUUUAACCUGCUCUCCUUUGGGGAAGAAGCUGAAGAAGAGGAGGAGGAAGUCAAUAGAGUUAGUCAGAGCAUGAAAGGAAAAAGUAAAAGUAGUCAUGAUCUACUGAAGGAUGAUCCACAUCUAAGCUCAGUUCCUGCUGUCAGAAGUGAAGCAGCAAGUGAAGAAGGGGAUUUGAGUGAGGAGGAAGAAGAACAUGAUGAAGAUGCUGAUAGCGUAGAAGAUGAAGCUGCUAGCAAUGAAAGAUCUCAAAUAAAAGAACGCAUUGCCAAGAAGUUGAAAAUAGAUACAAGUGAAAACGCGAAACACCAACUUCAAGAAGAAGAAACAAAGACAGAAAAGAAAACAACUAGUCGCAGUGAGGAGCUACGGAAAGAAGCGCGACAGCUGAAACGUGAACUGCUGGAAGCAAAGCAGAAAAAAGAAGAAAGAUCUUUAAAACCCAAAGAAAAGGAAGAGGAGGAACCUGCUCCAAACAGUGUUGUUGAAGAAUACCUUCAAGAGAAGAGAAAAUAUGAAGACAAGCGGAAGCAGCAGCCAAAGAAAGGGGCUUCUCGCGAAGAUCAGACAUUGGCACUGUUGGACCGAUUUAAAUCAAAGCUAACCCAGGCAAUUGAAGAAACUCCUGAAAAUGAAGUUUCUGAACCUGAAGUAGACAAUGACGAAGGAUGGAUGUCACACGUACUUCAAUUUGAAGAUAGAAGCAGAAAGGUGAAAGAUGCAAGCAUGCAGGAUGAAGACACUUUUGAGAUCUAUGAUCCACGGAAUCCUGUAACUAAGAGAAGAAGAGAAGAAAGCAAGAAGAUAAUGAGAGAAAAAAAGGAAAGGAGAUAAAAUGAAUGUAAAGCUAGCCAGAGCUGCCUUGAAAAGUGACUGCAAUAAAGCACUGGCUCUUUUGUACGCUGUAGCUCCUAAAAAUAUCACUGGACAAGUGUGAAAAGGAAUCUCUCAAGAACCUGUCGUGCAGUUUUGAAGCAGAGCUAUCAUUUGUUUCUUAAGUUGUGCAGUCAAGUGUGCUCAGUGCAUUCUUUAUCCAACCUCUCUAAAGGUUUUUAGAAUUAUGUAUUUAAUAAAACAGCUGACUUGACUUUUGUCUGUACUUUAGUUAUCACAGUCACCGUCAUUGUUUUAUCAACAUCUGGUAGUCAGAAAGUUUUCAACAUAAUGAAUGAGAAUUUGUCUAAAUAAGGGUGAAAUUAGAAGAUAGAAUCCCCAUCUGCAGCCUUUUAAGAUUUUCUGAAGUAUAAUCUUAAUUAUUUUUAUUAUUUUUUGAACAGGCAUAUAAACUUUACAGCAGUAAAAGCUGCCUUCCUCGACCACUCUGUUGCAGAAUUAAGAUGAUGCACUUGCAGAUCUCCUUAAAAUGGUCCCAGAUUUCUUGAAAUAAACUAAGUUUAAUUGGAGAAUUUGGUUAUUUUCUCCUUCUUUUGAAACACAUAUUCUAAUACAGAUCCCAUCUUGGGAAACUGGGAUUAUACACAAUUUGGGGAGUGUUAUUUCACUAUGUGUACCCCAUGAACAAAAAAGAGAAUCUGAAUGUGGUACUGUAGUGGUUGCUUAAACUGUUGGCAAUAGGAAGAACACCCGUCUGGUAGAAUUUUCACUGUGAAGUACCUGGUAAUGAAGAUUGGUUUGUUAAUUAGUCCAGUACAGAAACAAAAAAAAAUGCUAUCGGUCUAAUUAGAAACAUAACCCUGAUUUUACCAAUUAUUUUACCACCUAAAAAUGCACAACUCAAGUUUCCAGUUUACAGCCUUUCCACAGAUUUGUUCUACCAGGUGCCAAUAUUUUUAUAGAAAAAUGGGAAUUUUCAGUGCUCCUUCCUUACAGCAUUUCUGAUGCCACAGAAGCAUGUAGCUAAAGAAGAGUGAGCACAAGUGAGCAAGGUCAUUAAAAAGUGCAACCAGGGGAGUGUUUUGCUGAUGUUGUUUUUAGAACAAGUUGAGUAAGGUAUGGUGUUCUUAUCAAGCUGCUGCUGCCAAAUUUCUUGAUAGGGUCUGAGGUGUGAGAUACAUAAACCUGCAUUGGUGGGUUUAUAUGGCCUAAAUGUCAGAGGUUAGAUUAAUACAGACUAUUGCUUUAAUGCGCGGUGCAACCUUUGAGAUAAGGAGAAAGCUUGGAGGUGUGAUGUGAGAUCCUGUAUAAAGCUGUCAUUAUUCUCCUCUUAAGCUGAGUGAAUUGUACUGUACCGUGGUGUAAAGAAGUUAAGAGGGGUUACGUUCUUAAACACAGCCAUUCACAAACUGGUGCGUCCAAGUGUUUUAAUCAUUAAGUUAUUUUCUGUCGGGCUGCUAUUGGCAAAAUCAAGAACAUCUAAUGUCACAUGCCGUUAUCUCUAUUGAUUGCUUUGUGGAGAAAAUUUUAAAACAGUCAUUACAGGAAACGAGCAUAUCAAAGCCCCAUUCUGAUGGGGACUGGAGGGAGGAAGAGAGAGUGAGUGUGUGUGUGUUGGCAGAGGAGGUCAGCAUGGGGAAUGUGAGGGUUAGAUCUAGAAGGAAACUUGAGCGUCAAUUCCAGGAGACAGCUACUGUCCCUGUAAUAGAAAAAUGUUCUAAUUGCAUAUUUUUCCCGUAAGCUUAAGUAGGAUGCAUGAGUCAAUGAAUGGGCAAGUU